GGGCUUGCGGUUCUAAAGCUUAAAGAGUCUGCGGAGAAGACGGAAAUGACGUUUGGCUGUUGCAUUCCCGGCUUUCGAGAGCGUUUUCUUUGCUCCAUCUUCUGAAUCGCAUUCACAGCAAAACAUUACGUACUUGGCGAUAGACCUAUAACUCACUUCCAACUCGCAUCUGGACCGUCGCCGAAUAUAUACCUUUUCUCGACGACCACAGAAUACAACAGAAAGACAUCUUAACUCGCAAUGCGCCAGUAACGCAGAGCGUCCGUCCCAAUAUUCCCCUCCCCGAAUCUACCUGUCGCGAUAUUCCGCUACACCAGUCCGCUGAAGCGGGCAACCCCCGGGCCCUCAUGAGCCAUGCCUCCAUGCCGGGGGUCUCGUCGCCUCAAAUAGGGCGAGACACUACCCGUGCAGCCCGGCCAAAUGCUACAGCACUGCCGGCUAAGGAUCCAGCAGUAUGCCCUACAGACGACGAGGCCCAGGUGCCGAGGAAGCCUCCUAAGAACAAGCGGAGCUUGGAUUAUGUCUGGCGAUCUGGAGUCGCAGGUGGUCUGGCAGGAUGCGCGGCCAAGACUGUUGUUGCGCCGCUCGACCGAGUGAAGAUUCUUUUCCAGUCUCAUAACCCACACUUCAUCAAAUACACGGGAUCAUGGCUUGGUGUGUCGGAGGCCAUGAAGGCCAUCUACCAGCAGGACGGACCAACAGGCCUUUUUAGAGGCCAUUCAGCGACACUUUUGAGAAUUUUCCCCUACGCAGCCAUCAAGUUCCUGGCCUACGAACAAAUACGAGCUAUUGUCAUUCCGAACAAGGAGCACGAAACGCCAUUCCGACGACUUAUCAGCGGGUCUUUGGCAGGUGUCACCUCAGUUUUCUUCACAUAUCCACUAGAAGUUAUUCGAGUACGGCUGGCUUUCGAGACGAAGAAGGAGAGCAGAUCAUCACUACGCUCAAUAUGCAAGCAAAUAUAUGAUGAACAACAAAAACCGCGCACUGUGGCUGGCCCUGUCGGCGAGCCUCUGCCAGUUGUGCCUGCUAGGCCCGGGCUGACCAACUUCUACCGUGGAUUCUCCCCAACGCUCCUGGGCAUGCUGCCCUACGCUGGCAUGUCUUUCCUGACACACGACACGGCUGGCGACCUUCUUCGUCACCCAAAAAUUGCGAAGUGGACUACACUGCCACAAUCUGAGAAUGCGCCCGCCGGGAAAGCAGCGCCUUUGCGGUCUUGGGCUGAGCUAUUCGCGGGUGGCGUGGCCGGUCUGGUUUCUCAAACGGCGUCCUACCCGUUGGAAGUUAUUAGGCGGCGGAUGCAAGUUGGUGGAGCGGUCGGCGAUGGCCACAGAAUGCGCAUCGGCGAGACAGCUGGGAUAAUUAUGAGAGAGCGCGGACUGAGAGGUUUCUUUGUGGGCUUGACCAUUGGUUACGCCAAGGUGGUCCCCUUGGUGGCGGCGAGUUUCUACACGUACGAAAGACUAAAGACAUGGUUCGGCAUUUAG